AUGUGGAUUAUUGUACGUAAUACGAAAGGUGAACCACCAACAUGUGGUUGUAAGCAUGGCGAUAAGCCACCACCACCACGUGUUAUGAUUGAUGAAUGGAUUGAUUUAUGGCCGCUACCGGAUUUUGUUCGUGGCUAUGACUACGACUGGAAGUUAUUCUCGCUUUGUGCAUUAUUCGGUGAGAAAGAAUGGUUCUCAGUACAUGUUGAUCGUAAAGAUAUUAUAUCACCUUGUGCUGAUAUCCGUAAUAAGAAAGUAUCGGCAGCUUUUGGAGGGAAGGAGCAUAUCAUGGGACUAUCGGUACAAAAGCAAAUGGUACUCUGCCCCAAAGACCUGGCUACAAAUUUGAUUAAUUGCAAGCGUCCUCCCUUGAAUGAAUGGUCAUUCGUAAUCAACCUCUAA